AUGGAGCAGGAGCAGGACGCGCCAUUGCCGCUGAGGCGCGUGCGCGCGGACACACGCCACCCGGUGUACCGCGGCAUCCGGUACCGCGGGGGCAAGUGGGUGUCGGAGAUCCGCGAGCCCGGCAAGUCCACGAGGAUCUGGCUGGGCACGUACCCGGCCCCCGAGAUGGCCGCCGCCGCGUACGACGCCGCCGCAUGGGCGCUGCGGGGCGCCGAGGCCGCGCUCAACUUCCCCGGCGCGGCCGCGUCCCGCCCGGCGCCGGCGUCGUGCUCCUCCGACGACAUCCGCGCGGCGGCCGCGGCGGCUGCCGCGAUGGCCGGUCGUCGUCCUGGAGACGGAGAAUGCGUCGCCAGCCAUUCCUAUCUGCCGCAGGCGGCGAGCACGUCCGGGUCGGAGGCCGCCAAUAAUAAUGCGUCGGCGUGGGAGGGUGAGAGGCGCAUUGUGGACGAGGACGACGUGUUCCAGAUGCCGCGGCUGCUGGAGGGCAUGGCCGAGGGGCUGAUGAUGAGCCCGCCGAGGCUGAGCCCCACGGCGGACGGAGCCGGGGCGCUGGAGGAGCCGGACGACCACGACGGCGGCAUGAGCUUGUGGGAUCACUCCUGA